CUAUUUCUAGGGCAUUGCAAUCGUAAGCAAUACAGAGCUUACUUCAUAAUUCAAACAAAGAAAUCCAAGCAUAACUCUUUAUUAUGGUCGACGUGAUGGAUCCAACUAUUUCAGUGUCCAAGGGAUGUUUUGUUUUCAAAGGCACGAGCAGCGCAAAAAACAGCGGGGCAAAGCGGAAGCACAACGACGAUAAUGUAAGUGCUUUGAGGAAACAGAUGACUGGCCAGCCUUACUAUUCAACUUAUGCUGAUACUUGGCAAAAAUUAGAAAGUCACAUUGAAUCACUACAAUCGGAGAGCUACGCUAAAACUCUAGAAAAUGUAGUAACUUAUGUGAAAAACGAAUGUAGUGCAGAUGGCAGUAUGGACACAUAUGACAUGGAAGAGAUAGUACCCGCUGCAGCACUACUAACUGGAGUAAACCAACCUGACCACUUGGAACAAUUCGCCACACUAACGCAGCGUAUCCUGCAAAAAAUGUCGGCUUCGGUUUGUAUGCUGCAAUCACGUGAUUGCGCUACACUAAAAUCUGCAGUGGAGACAAUGGUGUAUAAUUUUAUAGAAACCACAGAACGUUCACCACCAACAGAACUGGAAGAUGAAGACACGGAACAGCGUGAGAAGAAGCGUCUACGACGUACACAAUGCAACAUGCGUCAAUUGUUGAACUGGUAUCGCCGCAAAUACAUAAAACCACAGCUGCAAACAGAGAGUGAAGUAGAGGAUGCUGCUGAAGAUGUCUCAGAUGCGUGUGAUUCACCGGCAAAAUCUUAUUCAAAGCGUCCUCAUGCUUUGGUUGUUAUAUUGCCGGAUUUUGAAUGCUUUAAUACAGCAAUAUUACAGGACUUUAUACUAAUGCUGAGCGCUUACUACACACAUUUACCGUUUGUAUUAGUUUUCGGUGUGGCAACUGCUGUGUCGGCUGUGCAUAACGCAUUACCCUAUCACGUAACAAGCAAGAUCAAACUUUGUGUCUUCAAAACACAAACGGCUCCAGUUUGCCUAAAUGAAAUUCUGGAACGUGUUAUACUUUCACCCAAAUACGCAUUCCAUCUAUCCGGCAAGGCUUUCAAGUUUCUUACACACAUUUUUCUCUACUAUGACUUUUCCAUUCAUGGUUUCAUACAAGCCUAUAAAUACUGUCUAAUGGAACACUUCUUUCAAGGCAAUGCCUACGCACUAUGCGCUAAUUACACUGCCUCUUUGAAUCGAAUCAAAGAUUUGACACAUGAAGAUAUUGAAAGCAUACGGCGCCUGCUCUCAUUUCGUCCGUAUGUGGAGAGCAUUAACGAUUGCAAGCGGAUUAUCGCCAUACUUACCGACGAUAGCUAUUUGAAAAAGAAGCUGCCACAAUUAUUGCGCGACUGUCAUAUACAUUUUAUGCUAUUACGAAUAUUCUUGGAAUUUUUCACCGUAUUAGUUGGUGAUUUACCUAAAUGUCCAUUGGGUAAACAGCGUCGUGAACUAUACUCGUUUUGCCUCUCAAAAGAGUUACGCGACCAGCCGGAAUUUAAGGAAUGUUGGCAGAUACUUAGUUUUAUGUCGAAAGAUGAAUUUGUCGCCAAAAUCUCCAAAGCAAUCUCGGUGACUGAGGACUUUAUGAGCGCCGAAAUCGUUGGUUUAAAGCUAGCCAAUGAUUGCAUGACAACGGUCAGUACCAAAUUUCAAGCGUUGAAAGCGCUUCUAACGCGGGUUGUAAUGGCUGGUACGGAGGAUAAAUCACCGACCAACACUGCCGCACCGCCCGCUACACCAGCAACUCCAGAAGGCAGCAAACAAAAAUUCACAUCCCGUCAAGAUCUGAAAGAUCAUUUAUUGCAACUGUCUAAACAGCAAAAUAAGCCGACUUCGGAAUAUGCACAAGUUGUUGCACAAACAUUGUUGCAUAUACAAAAUGAAAUUGUAGUGAGCCAUUUGGCGCCGCUUACACGCGCUCCGCCUCUUCAUGAGCUCUUCGUUUUCAGCGAUGUGUCCACUGUGCGUCGUAAUAUUAUAGGCGCGCCACGUGCGGCACUUCAUAUGGCCCUCAACAAUCCACACUACUACCUCCAAUGCAAAUGUUGCCAAUUGUCGGAAUCCAAUCAAUUACUGGCCACUCUGCCGGAUUUAUCCGUUGCAUAUAAACUGCAUCUGGAAUGUGGCCGUAUGAUUAAUCUCUUCGAUUGGUUACAAGCUUUUCGAUCUGUGGUGGAUGACAUCGAUAAUGAGCAAGAGCAGGUGGAUCCGCAGAUUCAAGCUCGUUUCACUCGCGCUGUGGCCGAACUCCAAUUCCUGGGUUAUAUAAAAAUGUCCAAACGCAAAACGGAUCAUGCUACGCGAUUGACAUGGUAGCCAAUCGUGCUAGUUACUUACUGUUAUAUUUUGGGUUAGAAAUAAGUUUGAAAGAUAAAAUAAAUUUUUUUAGGAUAUACA